UCGCAGGUAAAUGGAGCACUUCUAUGCUUUGAUUUAACCAUCCGUAAUCAUGACAAUGGUGACGUGACGUGAGUAAAAAUGUCGAAUUCGAAAUGUCAAAUCAAUCACGCAAAACAAGCAGAUGUCACGUUAAUUUGUUAUUCUAUUUUACUGUAAUAACCCGUUAAAUUUGGCGUUUGCAAUAAUUUAAACUUAGUGGUUGAAUAUUAGAUAAGUUUCAAAGUGUUUCGUGUUCAGUGCAUGAAAUUAUAGUGAAAUGUCGAAUGACAAAGAAGAGGCCGUGAACGGUGAAUCGUCGGCUGCGACCGAACAAACUGUUGAAAAACGCAUAGGCUGCGCUCAUUACAAGCGACGAGCGAAAUUCGUGACACCAUGCUGCAACAAACUUUACAUGUGCCGCUACUGUCACGACGAGAACGAGCAGCAUUACUUCAACCGCAAGAGUGUCACCGAGCUGAUAUGUACAGAAUGCGACACCCGGCAGGCGGUGCAGGCAGAGUGCGUGAGCUGCGGCGUGCGCUUUGGGAAGUACACAUGCCUCAUAUGCAACCUGUUUGACGACGAAGACAAGCGCCAGUACCACUGCGAGGGUUGCGGCAUCUGCCGCGUCGGCGGACGCGACCGGUUUUUUCACUGCGAACGUUGCAAUAUGUGCCUGCCUAUGCAGCUACAGAGAGUGGGGCAUAGGUGUGUAGAGAACGUGUCUCGCUCCAACUGCCCCGUGUGCCUCGAGGACAUCCACACGUCCCGUAUCCCGUGCCACAUCCCUGACUGCGGGCACCUGCUGCACCGGCCCUGCUUCGAGCAGCUCCUGCACUCGGGACACUACGCCUGCCCUACGUGUCAGACCAGUAUGAUCGACAUGACUAACCUAUGGAGUUACCUGGACUCGGAGGUGGCGGCGACGCCCAUGCCGCCCGAGUACGCAGACUACAAGGCCACUAUACUUUGCAAAGAUUGCCAUAAGCUAUCGACGGUGAAGUUUCACGUGGUGGGACUGAAGUGUCAACACUGCGGUGCCUACAACACGUGUCAGACCAACGGCUUCCACAAGGAGUCAACGAGCGCGGAGUCGGGCUCGUCGUCCACGUCGUCCAGCCGGAGCGGCUCCUCGUCCCUCCCGGGGGGCGCCGCCCCCUCCCCGUCCCCGUCCCCCUCCGCCGCCCCCUCCCCCUCGCCCGCCCCCUCCCCCGCCGGCCGCGAGCUGCCGCGCGCCAACCCCAUGGACGAGCCCCCGCAGGCCUGACCGCACACCACUACUCUACAUUAAGGUAUAUCUACUGACGGGAGAUUCCAUCUCAUGUAAUCCGGUUACCGUUCUAUUACAUUUCUUUAAUCUCCCCCCCGAGUCCCGGUCCGAUCAUAGACAUAGAAAACUUCCACCUCCUGCUGUGAUAUCGCGUCCAUGAAAUUCCGGGUGUUAAAAUUGAUCAAAUUCUUGCCGUUUGAAUUUAACCGAAAGGUACGUAAGUAAUUUUCUUAUUUUAAGCAUCGAAGUUUUUAUCGCACGGUAAGACGUUAGCGAGCAAUGGAGUCGACAUUGGCAAUAAAAUUCAACUGAUAUUCAUGCUCAUUCGUUUUUUUUUAUCACGGACAAGAACGUUAACGAGUUUAAAAACGAUUCUUUAAUUUUGUCUUUGAAUUUGUAAAUAUUAUAUAUAAUAAUCGUGACCACAUUUUGUAUUGAUUAGAUUACAAUAUUUCAUAGAAAAUAAUAUGUAUAUUAAAAGAGGUAAGCAUAAUGUAUAUAAAUUAAUCUAUACAAAAAAGCUUAUUAUUAUUAGUUGUAAUAUUUAUAUACUGAAAGACAAAAUUAAAUAAACGUUUAUAACUCGUCAACGUACUUGUGCUUAAUUAUAAAAUUAAAAUCACUAAUAAAAUAAAUUAAUAAGUAUAAAUAUGAGUUGAAUUUCAUUGCUAACGUCGACUCCAUUGCUUGCUAACGUCUUACUGUGCGAUAAAAACUCCGAUGCUUACUUAUUAAUAAUAAAUAAAUACAAUUCGGAUCGACUACACCUGUAUGACAUUUUAACUCGUUGAAAAACCCGAGUCACAUUUUAACAUUAUCUUUCAAACACAAUUAAGGUACACUCGUUAAAUUAAACAUAGGAAUAGUGAUAAAGUGACAUAAUAGUAACAUAGAAUCUGUAGAUACAUUGUAAUGUAGAGAGAGACUACAUUGUAAUGUAGAGAGAGACUACAUUGUAAUGUAGAGAGAGACUACAUUGUAAUGUAGAGAGAGACUACAUUGUAAUGUAGAGAGAGACUACAUUGUAAUGUAGAGAGAGACUACAUUGUAAUGUAGAGAGAGACUACAUUGUAAUGUAAACUUGACUAACGACGUCCAAUAAAAUACUGUGAUUGAAUAGUUUAACAUUUCUACAGCAAGUAAAAGUGACGAUAGUUUAACAACUAGCUAUUCACUUACUAUUAAUAAGUCCAUCAACCAUAAUUGAUGCUAGCCAGUCUAGGCACACAUGAUUCAAAUAUAAUGACGAAUUUAUUCAUAUUUGAUUAACCUGUCGUGUACCGUGUGAAUUUAUUAAUAUUUGAUUAACCUGUGUGUGUAUGUUUAAGCAUUCCUCUACCUACCGAGGCCGGAGAUUACCGGCCAGAAUUUUGUGCCCCGUAUUUACUACGUACAGAGAUUACCGGUCAUUUUACACGCAGUCGAAAAAUAGUUUUAUUUAAAAUAAAAAUAAAGCUGUUUUUCGAUUGCGUAUAUCCGGAAAAAUCCAUCGUGAUAGAUCUGGGGUGGCGGCCCGCACGGGUGGGGAGCGAUAGUCGGGGUCAACAAACAAUUGGCCGGUAAUAUCCGCAUUUGGUAGACGACAGGUUAAUAAAUAAAUAUGGUAAAGCGAUGAAAACGUUACAAGAAAAUGGUAAAUCACAUGCUUAAACAUUAAUUUGUAAUAAUCUUUAGGUAUUCAAAAUAACCUUAUUAAAUUUAAAAUGCUUGCUCAAUAUUUAGUAACUAAUCUCUUUCAAAGCAUUAAGUAGCUAGAACUUCUAUUGAUGUGUUUUGAAAGCAGGAAAUGGUUGAUUCCAUUAGAAAAAUAUUGCGUAUUUAUGUGUGCUUUCGGGUAAUUCCGACUACUUCAGGAUGUUGGGUUGAAAUCACGUGUUUUUACGUCUGUUGUAUGACACGAAUGUUUAGAUUCACGUCUCUACUGUGGACAUCAAAGUUAAAGGCUAUUUCUUUGAUUGAAGGGUACUACCUUUUCUAUUAACUUGUAUCUUGUAUACACACACAUUUUUACCAUGGACCACAGGAUACCAACUUAUUUGGUUAAUGACCAUAUUGUACUAACAAUAGCAUCAGUGCCAAGAUAUCGUUGUGUAGGUUUAUUUAAUUGAAAUUAUUUGGCUUUGUAAUUCCGAUAGGCUAAUAUAUUGUGAUUAAUAUAACUAGCGUGUAAGUUUAGUUAAUUUUUUACAAACUUCAGGAUAUAGCUUAUGAAAUAAAAUAAACCAAAAAUGUAUAAAACGCACAGUUAACAGUGACCGUCCAAUCAAAAAUGGGCCUUACGGGUGUAAAGUCACGAUUGGAUAUAAUAUGUAUAAAAUUGCGUUGCUGUUUUACAAACUUUUUUGGUAUAAUGUCAUAAUGAUCGUAAAUACUUGCCACUUUUAUUUUUCUCAGUACACUAUUUGUCAAAAAAGAAUGUCGAGAGAAAUCCUUCACAUAUUUUAGAAUGUUAGCUGUAUUUUUAUGCAGCCUAGAAUCUAUUCUCAUGAUUGAGAUUUUUUUUUUUCAUUAGGGAAUUAUAUUAUUCUAAUUUAUGAAUGAGUAGCUGGUUGUAUUGAAUGAUAAAGAGCUGGUUGUAAAGUGCGUACAAAUGCUGCGCAAACUAGCGCAAGGCAUAUAUAUCACCGCAUAAGUGUAGCCUAAAGCAAACACGAGGGAUUUCGUUCAUUGGCCCGCCUGUUGCUAUCUCUAUUGCACGCGCAUAGUUAUAUUGCUGUCCCGCCCGUGGUGCGAGUGGUCAAAGACACUGCGAGCGGGACAGCAAUAUAAUUAUGGGUGCAAUAGAAUCGUAUAUGAAAACCCUAAUCGAAAGUUAAUGUAUGGGGGUGUAUCAACUUUUUAGUGUUACUCGUUGACAUAGUUGCUUACGGCUAGUUGUCCAGGGGAAAAGCAGCUUAAAAUCCUGAUGUGAUGGUAUUUGAAUUUACCAAACUUGCAUUAUUGCGGUGAUUGUAAGCUAUUUCCCUAAAUGACCAUCUAAGCAUGUUAAGUAGAUUACAUUUCUUCUGGCAAACUGUGCCACACUUGUCUCUUGGACAUAAUAACAACACAAAAAAGUUGAUCCAUCCAUCGAAAUAAUAUGUCUCUCAUCCUUAUUCCCAAGGUACUAAUUUUACAAGGUAUAAACUUACCUUCAAAAUUGAAAUCAUUAUUAAAUUUAACAAGAGUUUUCAUUCUGUUUCCUUCGUUCGUUCGAUUUAAAACAAAACCAUUUCAAUUAUAUUUUCUAAUACGGUUGAUUCCAAUUUGUCUGCCAAUUUUUCUUGUAUGGUGGCCCGCUAGAGGUUAAAUUUCGAAUGGCUCGUCGAUAAAUGAUUGUCUUAGCUACGGCUGAGUUUGCCGAGUGCAACCAGCUUUGAAUGUAAUUAAAAAAGUUCCUUAUGCCAUCAACUAAUAUUAAAUGUCGGGCUAUGCCGUCAGCCCAGUCUAUGAAAUAAUCUCUGUAGUUUUCGUAUCAAAGAAUUUAAUAUAUUAUAAUAAGCUUACGAUAUGUAUAUGAGACCGAAAUCGGCAAAACUUUGUUGCUUACCGUAAGGACGCCUUGACAGGUUAUUUGUAUAAAGAUACAAGCAAAUUUUGUCCUUUUGGCAAGCGACAAAGUGGGACGUUUUGCCGGUUUCGGUCACAUAUUAGGGUCAAAAUUCUUUUUGUUGUCUGUCCCAAAAAAAUGUGACUGAGAGGAGCUUUUUGUAUGAGAUGAAAUUUUGUUUUUAAUUUUUCUCAUGUAAAAUAUAAUCUACAGCUAGAAAGACACACAGUAGCACUCGACUUUUUUAUUUAUUUGAUAGAAGACAUAGAUUCAAGUGUGACAGAGUGGUCAGAAACAAGACAACGAAAAUAAUUUUAUCCCAUUUAACUUUAAGAUAAGUUAUAUUUAAGUCUGUGAAAAAUAAAUUAACCAGUGUUUGUAAAAACAAAAUAUUUUUAAGAUAUUGAUUACUGCUCAAGUCUGGGUUUAAAGUAUUUUAUUUUUUGUGCAUUCAGAAAUACUUAUAAUUUACAUUAGGCGAAAUAGUGAAUUGGAAAAAUUAUAAUUUAGUCAUUUAGAAUGCCAAAUCCAAUAUGUGCACGAUUUUAAAUUAAUGAAUUAAUACCUUAUGUGUAUGCUAGGCAACAAUUUAUCAAACAAAAAUUGAGCACAUAACGGAUUUGUCAUUCUCAGCGCCGUUUUUAGGGUUAACCCAAUAGAAUAAACAUUCAUUAGGGUUACCCUAUCAAAGGAUUAAUCGAACAAAGGGGGUUUCCCAGCUAGCCGUUUCAGAGACAUGAAAAACCCUUUAUUUCCAUCCCUUACUCGGGAAAUCUGGGACGAUAUAUUUACUUUUUACUUUAUUUGAUACAAAUGGGAGUAGGCCAUUAUUAUUACUAAAACGCGUAACUAAAUGCUAUAAAUUUGAUUUUGUAUCUCGAUGCUAGCAGCUGUGUUACAUAUACUAACUAUAAGCGCCUUUUGUUAUAAUAUAUUAGUAAAUAUAAUUGUAAGCAAUAAGUGAUAGUGUAAAAUAACUGUGAAUAAUAAUAUAAUUACGUAUGUUCAUUGUGUUGUUGACUUUGUUUGUAAUUUUUAUUUAUUGGGUUUCCAAUACGUUUAUGUUCGUAUUAUUUUGAGGCAUUGAAUAAAUUACAGAUUUUAAUUAC